AUCAUUAUAUCAGUAAUUGUAAUUAGACUAAUAAAUCCUGUACUAAUUACAUGUUUUCUGAGCAACUCUAGAAAACACGACAUAGAUUCAAAACCUUUAUUUCUCUCUUCCCAUUUUUAUUUCUCUCUCCUACUGUCUCUAUUCUGUAGCAACAACAUUCUUUGCUUCUCUGCCAUACUUCUUCUUCUUCUUCAACAAUUUGACCACUCUCUUCUCUUUCUCUCUCAUCUUCCUCAAUCAUUCAUUUCUCACGCCAAUUAUUUCUGUACGCUUUCACAUUCCAAGAAAUUCUACUUUAUCAUUUUAUUUUUCUCUAUAUCUUCAAACAUUAAUUCAGAUUCGUUGGCUGAUAUUCUACCCCUUAGCAGCUAAACCCAGUUCACAAAUUUAUUCAAUUAGUAGUUAAAAAAAAAUAAUUCCUUGUUUAAAAGUCAAAAUUAUGCUUACCCAGAUCAAUUUUCAGCUUCUCUGAUCCAGAAAAAAAUCUGGGAAUAUUGGGAUUUUAGAUAAUAUCUAAGAUUCCCAAUUUCCCCCAAAUUCCAUUUUUGUUUAUUAUAAUUUUCUGGUUUUUUCUUGAUUCAAUUUGAGAUGUCAGGUUUCAAAGCUCCAUGUCCUGCUAAUUCAGUGUUAUAUAACAAAACCCUUUGUGCUUGUUCACCUGGGUAUCUCUUCAAUGCUACCACAAAAAGUUGCGGGUUAUUUACUAUAAAUCCUUCAAAAUUUAUUGUUAAUUCUGGGGUUGAUUACUCAAUUUCAUUCCCAGAAACAAUCUUUUCUUUUGAUCAAAUUAAGAAGUUUACUCAAUCUCAAGCUGUGUUCUUAGAAGCCACAGCAGUUUUGUUGGUUUCUUGGUUGUUUUUCUGUGUGUUUUUAAGGUUUCGCAAAUUGGGGGAUGGAAGAAGUAUUUGGUUCCAGCUUAGAUGGUGGAUCAGUCGUCUUGAUGUUUGCUUUGCUACAAGGCAUUGGCUGGAGGAUCAGAAGGUAGUUAAGAAGCGAAAAACUGAACUUGGGGGAGCAUUCUCCAUUGCCAGCUGGAUACUUUUCAUUGGUCUGUUUUCGGCGCUUCUGUAUCAGAUCAUAUCCAAUAGAAGCGUGGAGGUUCACAAUCUGAGGGCAACAAAUGGUCCUGAUUUAGUUGCUUUCAUGAAUGAUAUGGAGUUCAAUAUUACAACCAUUUCUAGUAUGAGCUGCUCUCAAUUGCGCAGUCUUGGUACUAUUUUUUUGGGCAAUCCAGGAUCCAUUGACUAUCGCGUAGCACCUCUGUCAACCUUUGCCAACUAUUCUUGCCUUAACACUUCCCGUGGACCAACAGUAAGUUUGAGAUGCAACAAUUGCCCUCUUGGACGGGACAAUGUGUACAUCUCGUGGCAAUUUAUUGAUUUGCCUGGUCAACCUGCCAGUGCAGUUGCAUUUGAAUUCAAUCUUACAGCAAGAAACCCUGCCCAGAAGAAACAUAUGAGUUUAGUCAGUGGUACGGUGAGAAAUGGAACUGAUUUGAAUGAUAUGCCUUUAGCAUUCCGAGGCAUGGGUACAAAUAUAUUAAAGUUCAAUUUAUUUCCCAGAGUGUAUCAGAAUCUACAUAAUCUAAAGCUUGUCCAACCUCUGUUCCAUGAGUUAGUUCCGGGUUCCUUUAUAAGAGAUGCAAAUGCUCUUCAGGCGUCCCUUCAGAAUCCAACUAAUGGAUUGAUGAACACCACAUUGCACAUCAAUUUUCUCUCUGACUACAUAGUUGAGAUUGAUAAUCAGAAUAUAUUGGGACCAGUGAGCUUCCUUGCAGACCUCGGUGGUCUUUACUGCAUAAGUAUUGGGAUUUUCUUCUACCUUUUGGUGCAAUGUGAAUAUAGAAUCAAAAGACUACGUAAUGAAGAUCAAGUUUUCAGGAAUAUCAGAAGUCGACGUAAAGCUCAGGAUCAUUGGGAUAAGUUGCGGAAGUAUGUAAUGUAUACAUGGGGUCCUAGCUCAUUACUUGAAGAUAAUCAUAACUUUAGUGGCAACGGAUGUUGUGAUUGUGCUGGGGGUGCCUCGCAUAGAAAAGGCGAAUCCUUACACAAAAGGAGUCGUCAAGAAAUUAGUCUGCGUGCCAUUAGUUUUGACAAGAAAGAUAGUUCGCGUAAGGGAAUGGUUGGAAAACAUUUGUCAGAACCUACAAAAAGCUUGAAAGAUGUUAAUAUUCCUCCUCCACCAACUUUACCUGAGUUUAAUGGAAGUUCUAAUGUUGAUGUGUCUGAUAUCCAUAAGAACCUUAAAGAUCUAUAUGAAUAUAACACAAUGUUAAGGGAGAAACUGGUUGAUACCCAGUCUAUGCUUCGUGUUUUAACAAACAAGUAUCCAUCUAUGGCAUCAGAAGUCCAAACGUGAUAUCUAACUUGCCAGUUGGCGCUAGUUGAGCUUGUCUCCAGUAGCUUGAAGCAACUGCGCAACUGUAAAUGUCGACUUCAUAAGCUUCUGGUUUUCCCCAAUGAACUCCUUCGUGCUGUAUUGAGAACAAAUUAUGUUUUAUGAUGUCCUUGAUCUUGGGGAGCCGUAUGUGUGGGCAGGUAUUCAGUCUCAUGUAAAUUCGUACAGUUGAAGUUCAUUGUUAAUUGGUGAUGCAGAAUCAAAUUCGGAGGCAUAUAUGGAUAUACCGUGUGGUGUGAAACUGAGAUUCUGGUUGCUGUAGCGCUUUCCAAGUUUCCAUCAAGAAAAAACAUUGUUGCGACUCAUUUGAUCAUUUUUGAAAUAUACGAGUGAAAAUAUCAGUGUUUCAAGAGCAUUGUGCCUUUAUUAUUACUGCGUAUUAUUUUGUUAUAUUCUUAUUGCAGUUUGUACAUAUUUUUUCAGUACGUGGAUAAAAACCAAAUGAGCAAUGGUGCAUAUAUUUCAACUUUGAUUGUAUUGUUCUUCAAAUUUUUUUUGAUGUAUUGAAAUUUGGAAUACGUCAGUCUUCAAUACUUUGUAAUAGGUUGUACUAUUACUAUAGCAUAUGAAAUUAUGAAUACUUUUUUUUUUUU